UGGAACAUCUUGGAAUUUAUACCAACACAAAGAAAGGAGUCGCCGGGUCUUCUGACUGUGAGUUCGAGGGUGCCUUGUUCGUAAUCUGUAUCUUUUUCCAAACGGUUUUUCUUCGAUUACGUAAAAUCGUUUGUUCCGUGAAGUAUCCCAAUCAGUGUCGUGAAGCCAAACAGUUCAAAAAGUAAUCUUGUAACGGGAUAUCGAAAAAACUGCGCGUGCGUUUGCCUCCCGGAAAACGUUCGGCGGCAUUGUACAUGGCGUCCUUAGUAAUAAAUGCGUAUACCGCGUAGGAUUGUCCCCGUACCUCGUUAAAUUGGAGCAAUAACUGACCAUUUCAAGGCGAAUCCAGUCAGCAUUUAGUUAUGUUGUGACCCCUUGUGUUCGGAGAGUGAGAAGUUGGCUUGAAUUUUACUCAAGAGAAAAUAAUAACCAAGGUACGGACCUAUUCUUUUGCCGCAUCUAGGUGGAGAACCUUGCAAUUUUUCGUAUUGCACGGUUUUUGCUGAUUCGAGUGGAAAGGGCGUGGAUAAUAAAGAUACAAGUUUCUAAAGUUUUCUAAAACACCGUAGUCUUACUAUGCGUAAAACGCCGAAGAAGGCGGCCUCUGGAGGCGAUGAGAGUCGGAGGUUAAAAACGACGAGCGUACCUUCCAAUUCGAGCGUGGACAGAAAGAGUGGGUCCGAGAUCCCAACCAGACAAAAACUGACUGGAAUUGAAAAGGCGAAAUCGACUCUCUUGAAAAAGGAAUUCAAAAGCAAACUGCCAGCACCAAAAGUAAUAACUCGUCCCUCCAGCACUACAAAGCAGUUAAAAAAACCCGCUGUAUCCGGCAAAGUUGCAAAAGAACAAAUACCCAAAAUGCAGUCCGAGGUAGAAGAAACCACCACAAAGUCAAAGACACCGAAAGAAGACCUCAAGUCCAAAACAAAAGCAAGUGAACCCGAAGUUGUGGACCUCGAGAUCGCAGAAUCUCAUCAGGAUGAAAAAUCUUCGGUUGCUAACGGCCAAGAAGACUCACUGAAUGAAAAAUCAAGCGAAAAUGGUGUGACCCAAGAAGAGAAAAACGAAGAGAACGGAGAGCCUGAGAAAAUCGAAAAUGGGGACUCGAACGUGACUCCAGAAGAACCUUCUCAAAACGGAAACCACGAGGAGGAAGAUAUUCAAAUUGUGGCUGAGGAGGCGCCCAAGGAUGCGAACUCAGAUGAAAAACUCGACAAAGAAGAUCAACAGAGUGAAUCUCAAACCGAUACCGAAAGCUACGUAGUUGAAUCCACGACUUCUGAAGUUUCCGAGUCUUCUGAACAACCUUCCGAGCCAAAAGAGCAGGAACAGUCGCCUGAAGCUGCGAUUCUUGAUGCACCCUGUGUUUCCUACGACUCUUCCAUUACGUUAAAGAAAGCUCAGAUUAAACUUAACGACUGCGUGAAGGAUUCCUCGAAACCUGGAGAGGAAAAUAAUGAACCAGUUAACGAACUGUACAAAGAUCUCUCAUUUGGAAAGACUUUAAGGACCAUUUCCGGAAGGCGUUCGCUCGGCCGUUUGCGUCACGUUACUUUUCGCGAACACAAUCGUAUUUCCCCGAACAGUUCUCUUUUCGUCAACACUUCCUCGACGUCCCAGGAUGACGAUUUCAAGGUUCUUCGUCAUCGAUCUGGACUCUCUGACUCCGUUUCGAGCAACGGAACAUCUUCAGAGAGAAAGAGAAAAUUGUAUCCCCAGGAAUCGAACAUCUUGAAGAAACAGAAAACGGAAUCUGAGGGCAGUUUUCUUAAUGCUUCCUACGAAUUGUUGAAAAGCUUCCGCAGGCCGUCUCUGGCUUCAACGCCCUUUAAUUUCCAGACCGACAAGCUGAAUUUGAGUGGAAAGAAAAUUUCCAAGGACAUCAAAGCUGAUGAAACUCCAGACAACAAGUGGUGCGCUAUCAUGUAGAGUGCGAAAUCCCUGAAAGGAAAAUCUGGUUAUUGGCCGGAUUUCAACGAAACUUGUACGACUUUUGUGAAGAUUAAUCUAUUUUGUCAGUCUGAUCCCUUUUUUGAAGACAUAUCGCAGGUUUGAAAUCGUGGAUUGCGAGCCGGGAAUUUGAAUACUUGUACACAAUUGGUACCACCGAAUAAGUUUUUAUCCAUUUAUCGAAAUAGUGUGGAUAUUCAUGGUUUGUGAUUCGUAUUACUCUUAGGAUCCUUUCCAGAAUCUUUAAAUACUAACAAAAAUUACGAUAAGGUCGUAAAUGGUUUGUACUAAUGUCUCAUGGAAAGGUAUUAUGAUAAAAAUAUGCAGAUAUAUUUUUACCAAACCAUACAAUGCUAAAGUAAAAUUCUUUAUAAUUUUUGAUAGUUACUUCCUGAUGCCUUAUGUUAGAUUAUUACCGAAGUUUCUCGGUAUCGUUUGAGGUUUGAAGGAACUUUUUUGACCUCAGUUCUGAACGGUUAGGAUUCUUGAAUAUUUUAUUCACAAGGGCUGGAAAUGCAAAGUCAAAAAUUGAAAGAAUCACAUUUAAAAUCGAAACAUUUCGAGAAUCCUAUUCGGGCAGAAGGUGUUUCUGAGAUUGGUUCUUUGCCGAGAAAUAUAUUUUAGAUGAGCAGUCGGAUGUUGAAAAGCAUUCGCAGCCUAUUUUGUCUAUCGUGGGAUUAUAAAGUAUGCGAUGUAAUAGUAUAUAUCCUGAAACUCGAAACUCAAUAUUAUCGAUUCAUUCGCAAGGACUUCUUUCGCUUUGAAUAAUUUUCUUGUACAAAUAUCAAAAUGGAAAGUCCUUUCGUGCCUAUGCGUUCAAUACAUACGAUUAAAAACCCGUAAAUCAGUUUUAGAAAUUUUUUAGAAAGACACUUUUUAAAGCCAUGACAUCAAACAGUAAAAUGAUUGGAACUCCGUUUUUCAUGCCCACAAAAAACUUGUUAUUUUAUUCUGUGACUUAUAAGUCGUUACGUUUUUUUAAGUCAACGUUAUAUUUAAUCAAGGCGCAAAAAUUGUUUUAAUCUGAUUUUGUUAUAAAAAAUCGCGGAUUGAAAAGUAAAGUUAUGUUUAAGUUUUCAGUGAUAGACUAUGUCUAAAUAAUUGUACGAAAUAUAUUAGUGACCUCGUCUUUAAUGUAACGUAUUUAUGCAGAUUUGGCAUUACGAUUGUGUAAACACCACCAGGCAGAGUUGUAUUUUACAACUAGAAGCUCAAAUCUGCUGAUAAAAUUAUCUUCGUAGAUAUUUGUAUUCGCGUAAAUCGGAUUUAAUACUCGGAACAAUAAUUAGAUUGCUUGAGAGAGUUAAGGAACUGACCGUGGAAAGCAAAAUCCAAAGUCACGUAUGUGAUUUGUAGAAGGAGAGUUUUGAUUCAGGUCUGAAUUUAAUAUUUUAGUGAUAGAUCGAGGAAGGUUCUGACGAUUAGGAAAAAUUUAGAAAUCACUCUCGAAUUUGUACUUGCCAAAGCAGAUCGUCAAUCUAUUUUUUGUAUUAACAAUUUUUUUGUACCCUGGACUAUAAAUUGUGCGGUUUAACAGACUAUUUUGUAAGACGUUACACAUUUAAGUAUUAUAGAGAGGAUAUGAAAACAUGUAUAUAGAAAGUAUCGAGUUUAUAAUAAAGAUAAAGAGAGACAAA